UUUUGAGAAUUGUAUUUCAAAAUCUAAUCUAUCUCUCAUUUCAAAACAUAUAAAACAGUAAUUUCUUGCAAAUUAAGGAAGAAAAUGAGAUUUUUUUUGUACAGUGAAAUAUUAAUGUUAAAACUUACAAGGCUCUCAAUUAUGCUAAACAAAGCUAAGCUAAGCUGUUAAUUCUUAACUUUCACUUUAAUCAGUUUAUGAGAAUCCCCCUUCAACUCUUAAAAAAAGCUAUAUAUAAUAUAUUCCAACACUUCUUAAUAUGUUAACUAAAUAAAAAUGAUGGCUGAUUCAUCCAAGAAAUGGUCAUUGUUUCACAAACUAAAAAAAGCUGUUAAGAAGCUAAAAAUGAUCCUAGCCAGCACAGAUCAUAUGUUUAGACAAUGGAGUUUAGCUUCUAUAUCGAGUAGGCGCCCACCGCCUUACACCCGCCAUUUGAGCUUCAACAAUGGUGUAGGAAUCAACCAUGGAUGUUUAGAAGAUAAUCAUGAUAAUGAUUUGAUGAGCUUAAGGUCAUUAAGUUUUGGUAGGAUCAAAAACAAUAGUAAGUAUGGUGUUGAAGACAUUGAUAGAAGGGCAGAUGUAUUUAUCGACAAUUUUCAUCGACAACUUCGUAUGGAAAGACAGAUUUCUUUGGAGCUUAGAUAUUGUAAUAAUACUACUAGUUUAGAAUACAAUGAUAGUAACUCCAACAUAUGAACCUAUGUUUGCCUUGUUUUUUUGAGGGCAUCCAUCAUCAUGUCAAUGUAUUAAGUAUCGUUUUAUUUAAAUGUUGAUAGUAAGACUUGAAUUUGGAACAAUACUUUUACACACUAAUAUUUUAACCAACUUAACCGGUGUAUGUAUUAGCAUAUUUAGAGAUAUAUCUUGUUAAAUGUUGUCAGUUGACAGCAUUGAACAAGGUUGCAUCUGCCCUUGAUUAC